GACAUAGUGAUGAAACACAGGAUGAAAUGGGUAGAGAUGGGCGGAAGAUCUAAAACUGAGUGAGAAAAAGAGAAAGCAGAGAACGAGUGUGAGACAAAAAGAGGUGGAAUAAGACAGAGGAGGGAUGGUGAUAGAGUGUAGGAGGAGAGGCUUAUGGGGUGUGAUGAUUUUUCUUGUCUCUGAUGGUUUAGACAGAGCAUGUCAUUGGUAUUUAUGGGCUGAGAGACCUCACACUGAUAGCAACCACAGAGAAAGAGAGAAAGUGUAUGAAAGAGAACUACAUAGAGGAAGACAACAGCACAUGGAAGGAGAGCAAAAGAGAAAGGAAAGAUCAGGAAAAAGAUUAAGAGCGGCAGGAAAGAGACAAACAAUAAAAGAAACAGCAAGAAGCAGGUGAACACAUUUAAAAUAAAAGCAAAGGUAAGGGAAGUUAAUGGACUAAAAGAGAGAAGGCAAAGUCAAAAUGAUGAAAGAAGGAAAAUAAAGAGGAGUUUCUCACGCAAACGUUGUGAAAGUAUCAUGAGUUGAUAUUUCCUGUUGACUCUGCCUCUCCUGUUUUACAACCUACAAUCUUCUCAUCUUCUCUUUCUUUUGUUCUUUUUCAUGUUACGACUGGAUGACAUGAAGGAUCUGGAUAUGCCAUCCAGCGGGAUGAUAAUGACGGUGAAUCCCAGAUGCUUCACUAUAUCAAGGAAGAAGACAAACAUCUGACAUGACAUUUAACCUUUGCGCAUCACUUCCUCUGACAGACCGACUGCAGGAUGACGAGCUGAGUCCUGCAGGUGAACCUUUGGACCAGGAAGAGGUGAACCUCUCCUCUUCCAAGUUCGUCAGAAGAUGAUCUUCGACAGCUGUCCAUUUUCAUUUUGUGGAGCUUUGGGUUAUGUUGAUUUGUCAAGGUUUGGUUUCAAACUCUUUUGUUGAUGGAGAGGGUCUGAACUGAAUUCUAGCCUCUUUUCCUGCUCAGAAACUCUUGAUUUGGAGCAUUACCACAGGGGUUCUGACCCCAGGAUUUUAUUAUGAGGCACAACAGGGAAGCCGGUGGUUAGUCAGCUUGUUUGGGAGUUCCUACAUGGUCCUGCAGACUGCAUUUCUGCAGCAGCACUUGGAAAAACACUUGUAUUGGAUGCAGAAAAUGUAUCCCUUGUAGCCGGGCUGGACAAUCUUCAUUCUCUCAGCGAUGAUAAUGUGUAAAACCUUUGAUACAGAGGGACAAAUGAAGUCUCUGUCAGCUAUGGUCUCCAAACCUGCUUCUUGGAAACCAACGUUCUGAUCUUCUGCAUGGAGUGCAAAGAGUGGAUACAACUGGCUCACUGACAAACAGAAAGAUAAACUGUUUUUGUGGGGGGGGGGAGACUAUCUCUUUCUCUAUAUUUGUUCUGUUUUUAACCGUCAUGGGUCUGAACCCCAACAGAAACACCUGACUGAACCAGGGGAUGGUCGACGACUCGAUAAACCUCUCUGAUUGGAGCCAGCGAGGACGAGGUCCAUCUUGAUUUUCAAAUCAGAACUCAAAGAAGAAAAAGUCCUCUCCCCCCCACUUACCUCUGGUGGGGGGGAGGGUGAAGGAUACUUUAGUUUUUAGGGUGUAGGGCUUAGGGCCAUAGGGUUUAGUUUUGUAGUUAUUUAGACAUUAGGUUUUAGGUUGUAGACUAGACAGUAGAGUACAUAGUAAGGCUCUGGCUCUAGUUAGUAGUAAUUGGGUCCAAUUUAUUCUCUCUUGUGUUCAGGCUUAUUCAGUUGGGCCAGUUUUAGCCUUUGGCCUGCGAGCUAAUUUAUUUGUGUCACCAAUCUACUAGCCCCUGUGCUAUCUAACACUGAGUUAGCCUUUGGCUCUGCACCAGCUGUAGCUGUGACUCAGGCAGCAUUUCGUCUAGUGCAGAAGUGUACAACCUGGAUUUACCAACUAUAACGGCCAACAGCAUUUAGGCUUUUUCGUUUAGAAUUUAGCAUUAGUGAACCUUGGUCACUUGCAUUUAGCCCAUUAGCCUGUGUGCUAACUGUCAGACCAGCUAGUCAUGGAUGCUAAUCAAGGCCCAGGCCAGGGAAGCCCAGAGAGCCCUAACCGGGCCGUGGAGUACCUUCUUGAACUCAACAACAUCAUCGAGAGCCAGCAGAAGCUUCUAGAAACUCAGCGGCGACGAAUCGAGGAGCUGGAGGUCCAACUGGAGCGGUUGAGCCAGGAGAACAAGGACCUGCGUUUGGACCGGCAACCUGUUGUUCCUCCUCCACCUGCUCCUCCUCCCGAACCUCCUCUCCCUCCUCCUCCUCCGCCGCCUCCACCAACUCAGACCCCAUCGACAUCCAUUUCUACCAAGAAUCAUCACCACCACCACCACAACAGCCAAUACCAAGCUCCUCCGCAGCCUCCCUCCUCCAUCCCCCUCCACCACAGCCACCACCACCACCAGUAUCAUCAUCAGCACCACCACUCCUCCACCCACCACUCUUAUAACAGUUCCAACAGCACCGGUACGACAGCGAUCCCGGUUCCUGCUCCGUCUUCAGUCCCAACCUCCAUAUCGAUCCCCACCCAAAUCCCAGCUCCGAUCUCUUCCCCAGCCCCGGCUCCACCUCCCCCUCCUCUGAUCCCAUCCAGGGAUCAGCCGCGGGCCCACAGCCGGCUGACCCGACUGCCCUCCACCAGCACGGGCACCAACACCAACUUCGUGGAGAAAGAGAAGGAGAGAAUUGAGCGCAUGCACAGAUCCAACGCCUCGAACAACAACCACGCCCACACCCUCCACCACCAGAAAUCGUCUUAUUCCUCCUCCACUACCUGUUCUACUACCAACACCUCUUGUCGUUCCUCCAACAACCCUACUAGCAUCACCACUCCUUCCUCCACCUCCUCCUCCUCCUCCUCCUCUCUCUACUCCUCCAGCCUACCUCCUAACAGCCACGCCACCUACCAUCAGUACUGCUGUCCCGCGCGCCUCCGCCUGCCCAAGCCUCCCUGCGCCCUGCCCCCCGCCAAGCACCACGAGCAGGCAAGUGCUCCAAGUGGCAUUUGCAAGAUUCCAGCGCGCCCGAAGGAAAACAACCAAUCAGACAACAGUCCCCUCUCAAGCCCCUGUGACCCCUACGGCUCUGCAUCCACCAGCGGGCCCCUGGGAGCCUCCCACACACAGGGUAGCUCCCCCAUCUCUCCCCCCAGCCCGGCGAGCCUUGCCUGGGCUCAGCGCAGCCGACACCAGCCGGCCAGCCUGGCGCUCCGCAAGCAAGAGGAGGAGGAGAGCAAACGCUGCAAGGCUCUAUCCGACAGCUAUGAGCUCUCUACAGACCUCCAGGACAAGAAGGUGGAGAUGUUGGAGAGGAAGUACGGGGGCCAGUUUGUGUCCCGGCGGGCGGCGAGAACGAUCCAGACGGCGUUCAGGCAGUACCGGAUGAACAAGAACUUCGAGAGGCUUCGCAGCUCCGCCUCGGAGAGCAGGAUGACCCGCCGCAUCAUCCUGUCCAACAUGAGGAUGCAGUACUCGUUUGAUGAGCGUCAGCCGCAGGCUCAGGGGUCAGCGGGUCAGCGGGGGUCAGACGACGCAGGAGACAUUGACGACUCCUUCUCCAAGCAGGUAAAGUCUCUGGCCGACUCCAUGGACGACUCCCUCACCUGCCAGUCUGGCCGUGAAGACUCACAGGACGUGGGAGGAGAGGGAGAGGAGGACGAUGAGGAGGACGAGGAGGAGGGAGAUGAAGAAGAGGAAGAAGAGGAAGGGGAGGAGGACGAGGAGGAAGACGAGGAGGAGGAUUACAGAGAGUGUGCAUGGCGCAACGCCAGCGCAUCAUCCCGACGCGUGCCGGUCCGGCCUGGAGUGGGAGGAGGGAGAGGAGGCGCCGCCAUGCACGAGGACAGCACCGCCACCUCCUUCAGCGACGUCACCAUCUACAUGGACGACGGCUGCCUCCCCUCCUCGCCGCUCUCCCGCCCGCCGUCCUCGCCGCUCUCCCGCCCCGCCUCCAGCUCCGACACAGAGUACUGGGGAGGAGUAGGUGCAGGGGGGAGGGAGGACAGCAGAGAAACAGAGGGAGGCAGCAACGCCAGCCGGAGGAGCAGCACCCCCUGCACAGAGUGUCGGGGGGAGUACAGAGGGAGGGGAGGAGGAGGAGGAGGACACCUCCCUGUCCUCACUAUCGAACCACCCAGUGACAGCUCAGUGGACAUGAGUGACAGGUCAGAGCGAGGCUCCAUCGGGCGCCUCGUGUAUGAACAGGAGCCGUCAGGAGUCGAGCGAGGAGCAGGAGAGAGGGAGAUGAUGGGAGGAGAAGUGGAAGGAGAGAGUGGAGAGGAUGAGCAGCAAGGAGGAGGAGGAGGAGGAAGCAGCGAAGCCGACUCUCCACAGGGAACCAUCAAACACAAACCAAACGGGCGCUCGGUCGCCAUGGCGCAGGGACAGACUCGCAGCCCUGCCAACGUCCCCUUACCGAUGCCUUCAGCCCGGGCCCUGCCGCCACACCCGCUCCCUCACCCACUCCAACACCCACACACUCACCCCCAACCCCACCCACACCCUCACCCUCACCCUUCACCAAUCCCCCACCUACCGACCAUCCUCCACCACCACCCGCAGUACAGCCAGCCGCACGUCAUGCACAUGCAUCACGUGCACGCCGGCAGCCCUUACAUUCAGCAAGCCCACCACUUCGCCCAACACCACUACCACCACCUGCACCACCAACACCACCACCUUCCCCACGGUUACCCAGAAACCCCCUCUUCCCCGCUGCCCUCCCCCGUACCACCACUCACACCUCUCUCGCCCCUGCCGCCGCCGCUCACGCCCUCGCCGCUGUCCUCCUCCUCCUCCUCCGCGCUCCAAAACAUGGAGGCACAGCAGCAGCAUCUCGCACACCACCCCCAUCUUCACCACCACCACCUGCUCUGCUCAGACGGAGACAACGAGAGCGUCAACUCCACCACCACCAACUCCAACGACGACACAACGGUCAACAACUGCAGCUCCGGCUCCUCGUCGCGCGACAGCCUGCGGGAGCCGAUCGGAGGAGCGACGCUGGGGAAACAAACCUAUCAGAGAGAGAGCCGCCACAGCUGGGACUCUCCCGCCUUCAACAACGACGUGGUGCAGCGACGACAAUACCGCAUCGGACUCAACCUGUUCAACAAGAAGCCGGAGAAGGGGAUCCAGUACCUGAUCGAGAGGGGCUUCGUGUCGGACACACCGGUGGGCAUCGCCAGGUUCAUCCUGGAGAGGAAAGGACUGAGUCGGCAGAUGAUCGGAGAGUUCCUGGGCAGCCGGCAGCAGUUCAACAAGGACGUCCUCGACUGUGUUCUGGAUGAGAUGGACUUCUCAGGGAUGGAUCUAGACGACGCUCUGAGGAAGUUCCAGGCUCAGAUUAAAGUUCAGGGUGAAGCUCAGCGGGUGGAGCGGCUGGUGGAGGCCUUCAGUCAGCGGUACUGUGUUUGUAACCCGGUGCUGAUCCGGCAGUUCCAGAACCCAGACACCAUCUUCAUCCUGGCCUUCGCCAUAAUCCUCCUCAACACGGACAUGUACAGCCCCAACGUCAAGCCGGAGAGGAAGAUGAAGCAGGAGGACUUCAUCAAGAACCUGCGGGGUGUGGAUAACGGGCAGGACAUCCCCAGGGACCUGCUGGUGGCCAUCUAUGGAAGGAUCCAGAAAUGGGAGCUGAGGACCAACGAUGACCACGUGUCCCAGGUGCAGGCGGUGGAGAGGAUGGUGGUCGGCAAGAAGCCCGUGCUGUCACUGCCUCACCGCAGGCUGGUGUGCUGCUGUCAGCUGUUUGAGGUUCCAGAUCCAAACAGAGGUCAGAGGAGCGGCGUCCACCAGAGAGAGGUCUUCCUUUUCAACGACCUACUGAUGGUGACAAAGAUCUUCCAGAAGAAGAAGACUUCAGUGACGUACAAUUUCAGACAAUCAUUUCCUCUGGUGGACAUGCAGGUCCACACCUUCCAGAACACCUACUACCCUCACGGUAUCAGACUGACGUCGGCGAACCCCGGAGGAGAGAGGAAAGUGCUGAUCGUCUUCACGGCUCCGAGCCAGCAGGACCGAGCACGCUUCACCUCCGACCUCCGAGAGAGCAUCGCAGAGGUCCAGGACAUGGAGAAGUACCGGGUGGAGUCCGAGCUCGAGAAGCAGAAAGGCGUGAUGCGUCCAGGUUUGUUGACGGGGGGAGGACCAGGAGGCGGGGGCACACCGGGGGGCGGGGCCAACAUCGGCGGCGUGAAGGGCGAGGUGUCGAACGGCACUCUGGGUAGGCCGAGCCUCGAUGACACGUACGCCUCGGUGGACGGACUCAAACGCACGGCACUCAGCUCCUCACUGAGAGACCUCUCAGAAACAGGGAAGCGAGGUCGUAGGAACAGUGUUGGGUCAUUGGACAGCACCGUUGAAGGUUCCAUCAUUAGCAGCCCUCGGCCUCACCAGCAGCGCCCCCUGCAAGCAGGAAGUCUGUCCUACAGCCCCAUGAUGGUCCCUUUGUCUCCAGCAGCCUACCGGCCGCACCGCCCUGCUCAGGGCCCCGGUACAGGGGUGGGGGGUGGGCCGGGGCUCUGUCACAACCAGGGGGGGAUUACCACCUCCCCACUCGUGAGCGGGGGAGGGGCUGGGGGCGGAGGAGGGAUGGCGGGUGGGGGAGGACCGACUGGCGGCGGCCUGCUGGGGAACUUCUUUGGCAGCCGCAGAGGCAAGGUUCCUGGUCCCCUGACGAUGACGUCACCACCUCCACAGGGUCCUCCGAGUCCUCUGAUGAUAUCAUCCCCACCACACUACCCCGCCCCCGCACCUCCCAUCGCCCACCCAUCCUCCCCUUCCCCAUGCCCCUCGCCAUCACCCAACCUCGUUCAGUCGGACUCGGGAGGAGUUGGCGGGGGAGGAGGUACGGGAGGGGGGCCGUCCAAGCUCCAGGCUUUGCACGCUCAGUAUUGCCACGGCAGCAGUGGAGGAGGAGGAGUCAGUGUUUCUGGGCACCAGCAGCAGCAGCAGACGCCGCCCCCGCCCUACCACCACCAUCACCGAUACCACAUGCAGAGCGUCCCGCAGCACCACGCCCUCACGCACAGGUUCUCUGCACCCCGGCGGCAGGGCCCGCCCAGCUGCGUUCCCUCUCAUACCCAGCAGCAUCAGAGGUUGCAGCAUGGCGUCGGUCAGCACCCACGCUACAACUUGGGCUUCAUCACACCCCCACCGCUGUCCCCGCACUCCCCCAUCACCCCUAUUACCCCGCACGGACUCUACCACUCACACCCCGCGGCGGGGAGACGCCCUCGGCGCGCCUGGUCAGUCAGACAUCUCCACAGCCCUACGGCUCUCAAUAUCAGCAAAUAUCCUCCAUCCCACCUCCCCCUCCGCACUCACCGUUACCUCCCCCGCCAAACACCCCGCUCUCCCUGCACCCAGGGACGGGGGGAGGGCAAGGGGGCGGACCCAAAUCGAAACCCGUCAGCCGGAUCAGCACGGUCGUGUGAGGAGGCAGAAGCCGAGGACGGUGGUCCGCCACCCCGCAGUAGAGAGACUCUCACACGUUGGGCAGCGUGGGCCCUGCAGGGGCUCCUGGGACACCUGUCCAUGGAGCAACCAGCACCAAAAACGUUCAUUGUUUUCAGUCACAUGAAGCUGAAGAAAAACAUGCCGGUAGUACCGCCGUCUUGGUGA